UCACUGUAUGGUGCUAGACAGAGAGAUGCAAAAAGAGAGAAGGUAACUGAACACAGAUCUCCGAUUUUGGUAUAAAGUUGAGUCCAGUGUAGGGCUCAUCAAUCAGUUCUCCAAGUUCAGUUCUCCAGUUCCCUUCAAAGUGCCUAGUGAUUUCAAGGAUGAAGCAAAGUGUGAAGCUUAUCUUAUUGGCGUUGAUGCUGCUCUGCGCAUAUUGCACCAAGGCUCAAGACGGGGAAGCGACCGAUCCUGGAAGUGAUGCGGAAUCUACCGCGAAUUUCUCCGAUGAGAAUGGCACCAACCAGGUACAAACUAAAAGAGUUCGUCGCACGAUCGGUGGAGUCCAGUCCGCAAUUGCAGACUAUCCGUACGUUGUUUCGGUAAUAUUGCAAAGCGGAGCAGGAACUACAGUUUAUAGAGUCGGGGCCAUAAUAAGUGACACCCAUGUCCUUACUGUGGCAGACGGUUUUCUUUAUAUUUCCAAUGGAAUCCAAUCGAUUACAAUCCGUGCGGGCAGUGUUUACAAGGACCAGGGGGGGUUCACUUUCCCCGUUUCCAAUUAUGAAAUUCAUCCGAGUUAUAAUCGAGCAACUUCGGAGAACAAUGUGGCCGUUUUAACUAUUAUGGGCACCUUCAGCGGGAGUGCAAAUGUGGCACCUAUUACGGUAGCGACGAGUGAAAUUCCCUUUUCAGCGGGAAACCCUACGUCCUGUGUUGUUCUGGGAUGGGGCAGGGAUAAAUCUGAUACGGUCAUUAUCCACCUGAAUCAAGUCGUUUACAACCUCACUGCCGAUUCGACAUGUAUGGCGCGAUUCGGACCUCUGGAUCCCACAUACUUAUGCGCUGAAUCAGUGUCUGGAUAUAUUUGCAUCAAUUUCAUCGGUUUUCCACUAGUGUGCAAUAACCAGUUGUACGGUUUAAAUCCGAACUUAGGUGAUUGCGAGACAGGCCCUAGGGUAUUUGUUAAGCUACCUGCCGCCAGUAUCCAGUCGUUCAUCGCUCCAUACCUUCCAGUAGCAGCUAGCCAACCGCCUCCACGAAAAAACUACGUGUCGUGUCCAUGAAAAAAAGAAAAAUGUUAAAGACACGAAACAUGUUAACCGCAGUGAGGUCAGCUUGAUGUUAACGAUAACGUUUGCUGAUCACCUGGCGAUGUGACAACGGAAUAA